ACAAAAUGAUGGUACGAACGGGGUGAGGGUCGUAACAAAUAUAGAAGAAAGUAUUAUUGUAAAUAGUGACGCACCACUCGCCCCGGAAUCGAUAAUUAAAACAAUCAAUAUGAUUAGCGAGACGUGGUAUCGAAUCACAAUCGUUUCAUGUUUAGCCGUGCUGUCCACAGCUGAGCAAGUAUACGAUAACAAACUUACGAAACUUUGGUCUUUAUCUGGUGCAUCGAAAAGUGAUGGAUCUGCAAUAGUAAAUGUGACCAGUGCAUCUAUUGUGAUACAACCAAAUGGACAGAUAUCUUCGCGGAGAACAAAAGAUUUAAAAGGUACUCCUUCCGAUUACGGUUACGCGUUUAAACCUCGAACAAUACCAGUUCGGGAUCAUCAAGACGAGAAUGUUUAUUAUUCUCAAGAUGUGAAGUACAAAUCGGAAGUACCUUUCCCUGGUAAUUAUCAUAUUGCCAAAGAGAAAGGUAGUGAGAGCCUACAUGAAUCCCCGUACAAUUAUGUCAACGAAGGUACCUUUCAUCCAAGAGCUAUCCCUUUAAUAAUUAAUCCAGAAUUCCAAGGAAGAUCAUUGAGUGAACACGAGGAACCUAUUCUUGAAAAACCUGAAGGAUUUUCGGAAGUCACUGCGUCAAGGAGAUCAUUGUCAUUCUUAGGAGGUGAGGAUGACGAGGAAGAAGUAGACGAUGACGAAGAAGAAGAAGAAGAAGAUGGAGAUGGAGAAUACGAAGUCAGUGAGGAUACUGAUGAUAAAGGUCACGGCACACAUGUCCACAGACCUCAUAACAAAAUAAAGAAGAAAUUGGCUAAAAAAUCGAAGAAAGUGACCAAAUACAUGAUGCCCUUAUUAUUAGCUUACAAAUUGAAAUACUUCGCUCUAGUUCCUGUGAUGAUAGCUGGACUUGUAUUGUUAGUAGGUGCAACAGGAUUGGCUGGAUUCUUCUUUGCAUUAUUCGCAGCAGUUAUGGGACUACAGAAAGGAGGGUAUUAAUAAAUUUAUGUCGACGGGUUGCUCGCAGAUGCCAUUUCAGUUAAGUUAGUUAGAUAAUUUCAAAUACUUU